UGUUCGGGAGUAUGAUCGGGCUCGGAUGUCUGGUAAGGGCCCUUCUCACAUGUUGAAGUUAGCCGGUGGGGACAUAUGUCGGUUGGUAGCGACUUGGAGAUAUCUCGUGGAGCACGGUAGGAAUGUGGAAGCUAGUAAGGAAGAGGAUCGUGCUCGAAGUCAAGCACGUGAGGAUGAGCUUCUAAGUCAGUUGGAGGAGGCGCGGUCCGAUCUCGCUCUACGCUCUGAAGAGCUUGCUCGGAGGACAGAGGAGCUUGCUGAGAGGACAGAGGAGCUCGAGGUUAUCCGGGGUGAUGCGAAGGCGUAUAAGGAUGAUGUUCAUAAGUUGAACGAAUGCUACGAUCAACUCAAAGAGAAAUACGAAGUUGAGAAGGCGACGGGGAAGAGGUUCCUCACGACAUCGGGUGGUGCGGCUUAUAAGGAGUCUAUUGUGGAGGAGACUAAAGCUAGUUUCCGAGGUAGUGAUGAGUGUGCUGCUAUGAUUGAGGAGCACGCACUGGCUGUGGUUUAUAAGCCAUUAGUGCGUGCUUGUCGCAAAUAUCUGCGCGAUGCGGGUGGGAUCAGCGAGGAAGUGAUUCGUGGGAUGGAAGCUGGCAUAUCCGAUGAAGAGGAGGAUGAGGUAGAUGUCAAUGGGACGGGCACAGAGCUCGUGAAUGACAUGGUUGCGGGUGACUCUACUGUGGUUACGUCUUCCGCUCGCGGUAGGGGAGCUUAGACUUAUCUGUUAGGAUAGCUAACUUUUCCCUUUUAUUUUUUAUUGCUAUUAUUUUUUUUUUAUGGAUUUCGUAUUUUAUUUUUAUCGCUGAUGUAGAUGGGUAUGUCCACUACUAUUUCGUUUGAGUUUUUCCGUGUUUGACUUUGAAGAUUAAUAUUUUGCUUUAUUUAUUUUGACAUUGUCAAGAAUUAUUGCGUUGCUUAUAUGUAUUUACAUUUUAGCAUUGUACGCGAUGCACUUGAGGAGGGGAUCAGUCUCCCAAGGUUUUUGUUAAGGGUCGUGCCCUUUGUUCGGACCGCUUGGGUCUUAAAUAUAUUUGUCCGUGGCCACGCUUUAAAAUUUA